AUGGAGAAAACAAAUGGAGACCAACUCAAUAAUCCAGAAGGAUUUGUAAUUGACUCAGCUUUCUACGUGCCAACCAACCACCAACUCAACAAUGCCGAAGGAGUUGUUAACAACUCAGCUGCGAGCAGGUCAGGCAACCCUCCUAAUGAUGGAUAUGAGGAAAUAGACCGUGAACCGGCUUUGGUUGACUUUGGAAACCAGACUGAACCAUCCUCUGGAACACAACACAAUCCCAACUUGCAAGGUGGAAAA